CCUCGGGGCGCACGUUGCGCGUCCGCGCUUGGCCGACAGCAUGGCGGCUGCCGAGGCGGCUCUGGCGCCUUUGGUGACGGGUCUGUACGAUGUGCAGGCUUUCAAGUUUGGGGACUUCGUGUUGAAGAGCGGCCUGUCUUCACCCGUCUACAUCGAUCUGCGGGGCAUCGUGUCUCGACCGCGUCUCCUGAGUCAGGUCGCAGACAUCUUAUUCCAAACUGCUCAAAAUGCGGGGAUCAGCUUUGACACUGUGUGUGGAGUACCUUACACAGCUUUGCCGCUGGCUACCGUUAUCUGUUCAACCAAUCAAAUUCCAAUGCUUAUUAGAAGGAAAGAAAGCAAAGAUUAUGGUACUAAGCGCCUUGUGGAAGGAACAAUUAACCCGGGAGACACAUGUUUAAUCAUUGAAGAUGUCGUCACAAGUGGCUCCAGUGUUUUGGAAACCGUGGAGGUGCUUCAGAGGGAGGGCUUGAAGGUCACGGACGCCAUUGUGCUGCUGGACCGGGAGCAGGGCGGCAAGGACAAGCUGCAGUCGCACGGCAUCCGCCUGCACUCGGUGUGCACGCUGUCCAAGAUGCUGGAGAUUCUGGAGCAGCAGAAAAAAAUUGAUGCCCUGACGGUGGGGCGAGUGAAGAGGUUUAUUCAGGAGAAUGUGUUCACGGCAGCCGAUCCUAAUGGCUCUCUCCCUUCCGUGAAGGCAGUACCCAAAGAGCUCAGCUUUGCUGCGCGUGCCGAGCUGCCCGCGGCCCACCCAGUGGCAUCAAAGCUUUUCAGGCUUAUGGAGAAGAAGGCGACCAAUCUGUGCCUGUCCGCUGAUGUGUCCGAGGCCCGAGAGCUGUUGGAGCUGGCUGACAUGUUGGGACCCAGCAUCUGCAUGCUCAAGACCCAUGUGGACAUUCUCAGUGAUUUCACGCUGGAUGUGGUGAAGCAGUUGACCAUGCUGGCAGAACGCCAUGAGUUUCUAGUAUUUGAAGACCGGAAAUUUGCAGAUAUAGGCAACACAGUGAAAAAGCAGUAUGAAGGUGGUGUUUUUAAAAUAGCUUCCUGGGCAGACCUCGUCAAUGCCCACGUGGUGCCUGGCGCAGGAGUUGUGAAGGGCCUGCAGGAAGUGGGACUGCCUCUGCACCGGGGGUGCCUGCUUAUCGCUGAGAUGAGCUCCGCUGGCAGCCUGGCCACCGGCAGCUACACUACAGCAGCAGUUAAAAUGGCCGAGGAACAUUCUGAAUUUGUGAUUGGUUUUAUCUCCGGAUCCCGUGUUAGCCCAAAGCCAGAGUUCCUUCACUUAACUCCAGGAGUUCAGUUAGAAGCAGGUGGGGAUAAUCUUGGCCAACAGUACAACAGCCCACAAGAAGUGAUCAGGCAGCGCGGUUCUGACAUCAUCAUUGUAGGCCGGGGCAUAAUAGCGGCAGCCAACCGUCUAGAAGCAGCUGAGAUGUACAGGAAAGCUGCUUGGGAAGCUUACCUGAGUAGACUUGAUGCCUGACUCCUCGGACACGGCCCUGGGAAGGCAGGCAAGAUGCCUGGUCUUCUCAGAGCCACUGGCUUGG